AUGCGGAACUAUAUACCUGAUAAGAGUGCCUCCCUCCUCCCGCCAUGGAACACCGUUGAGCUGUCUCAGAGAGAUGUAUCACUCCAGAUACCUCUUGACCAUGUAACGUUCCCUGCCGUGUCGCUUUCUGCGGCCUGUUUUGGUGCAGGGUUGUAUGAGGACGAUGCGGCGAGGAAGUGCAUAUCCAACCUUCUGUCGGUUGGCUACAGACGCCUAUACGUGGAUGUAUAUUGGUCGCCUACGGGGGGUUUAUGGGGGUUUUGCCCGAUAGACACUUUUGGCGCUCUUCCGACUCCAAAUACCCCAACCGGGACGUCGUCCAGAGACCCUGUGUCAAGCAAAACGUCUGCCUCCCCAACUUCAACUUCAAUGGCUGCCGGUGCCAGGAAAAGGGAUCAGAUAUAUAAUCUGGGGCCUUAUUCAUGCACACAGUCACUCGGCAUAUCCUCCCUUUCAGCCAUACUCGAAGAGUACUUUUCAAGCACUGCAAAUACCAUAAACGCAGAGAUGUUGUUUUUAAUCAUCAACAUGCAUGCUGCCGCUUCACCUGAUUCUCCAGAAGAGCCUCCAGAAAAGCCUAGCUUGAAGGACCUUCCUUCUCCACCGAAUCUACUUGGCAGAGUCUUGGAGAGAUCGCUGGGAAGUUACAUCUACAGCCCUCUUAAGCUGAUGGAAAACCGCCGUAAUCUUAAUGAGUCAUGGUUUUCCGUCUCCCCGCCUCAUCAACCCAUUGCUGAAUACUUUACAACGACGGUGGAUGAUAGAAACCAUCUUGUCACAGCUAAUGGAUGGCCAUCCACUGGUUUCGCCGUUCUGGCUCGAGCUACGAGGCUUAUCCUGGGCUGGGGCACCGUCGACCCUCAGAUGUCAGCUUACAACUUCACAGGAGACCAAUUGGUAUUUUCGCCGAACUCACUCGAAUCCCACAUAGAUAUCACAGUUGACUCCGCUGCUAAUCUCACAAAUGGUUGCCUCUAUGACCCCGGUACGACAGCCUUGUCGGAUGUUGACCGCCCUUGGGCUUUGGCAGCACUUCCUCAACGGAACUCGUCGGAUGAGUUAUCGUUGUUGACUCGGCAGUUGGUAUCAUGUGGUAUAUCACCAGUUGUUAACCAUACACUCCUUAACGUGACGGCAGAUAAUGACAUUAGUCCUUAUCAAAACGUAUCUUAUUCUGCUACUUGGACUUGGGCCAAAGAUGAACCCCUCAACUCCACCGGUUCAACGUCUUCACAAACAAAAAACUCGUAUCGAUGUGCGGCCAUGGAUGCGGCAUCAUCAGGUAGAUGGCGCGCACAUGAAUGUACUGAUGAAUUUCACGUCGCCUGUCGGGUAGGGAAUUCACCACAUGACUGGAUUAUAUCCGAACGCACAGCUACCUACUUCGAUGCCGAAGAGGCUUGCCCGGACAAUACCGUAUUUUCUGUCCCUAGAACUCCAUUAGAGAACAUCUAUCUCUAUGCAAAGCUUGAUUCGCAGUCUAAUCGUACCGAGAUAAUCUCACCCGAUACUGACGACAACUAUAGCGACCAGAUGCUGUGGAUAGAUUUCAAUUCUGCCGACGUACCUGCCUGCUGGGUCACGCAUGGCCCGAAAGCGCAGUGUCCAUAUGAAAUAGACAGUAACGAAAUUCAAAGGAGGGCGAUUCUUGUACCUACAAUCGCGGCCAUCAUCGUUCUUAUUGUCACUGCUCUAACUUUGUUUGUUAAAUGUAAUGCUAAUCGGCGAAAUUCGAGGAGGCGAAGGGUCAUUGAUGGAUGGGAUUAUGAAGGAGUACCCUCAUGA